UAAUUACAACGUAUUUUAAUAGUAUAAGUCAUAACCGAUACCAUAGAGCAUAAAUCUAUAUAUAUUUAUGUGUCCAACUUUACAACGUAUACUCUUUUUGGAAUUUUUGUUUUGUCCUAAAUUGUUGUUUCUAAUUAUAUCUUGAUGCCUAAUCUUUGUUUGUAACAUGCGCAAUGAUAUUAAAACAUUGUAUCAUACUAGAAGUGGAGAACAAAUUAAAAUUCCACACAACGCGUCUCUAUAGAAUUGAAUUAUUCAUAAACGGACGAGAGCAUUUCAACUGCUCAAUUUAUUUUCCUAUCAUCAAGAUUGGCGUUUCGUCAGAUCACCACGCCAAUUUAUUUCUUAAAGUCGGUCAAACGUUGGCAUCUUCUGAUACACUGAUAUAUGUGGAUUUUACAAAAGUUAACCCAUGAUUUUAAACAAACAAAAAACAGUCGAGAGGAAUUUUUUUAGAUAUUUAUCAUAUGGAAAAAUAAACGAGGCUAGAGAAUAUAUUGAUAAAUGAAAUCUUUAAAUUUAACAUACUGUUUUAGAAAUAUCUUGAAAAAAGGAUUUUUCCUGUAAUUUAUAAGCGGAAGCAAAUCGGACCGGGCCAAACAUGUUAGAAAUAUGUGGAUUUGCAGAUUUCUGUUCGGGUCGGCCGGUUCUGCCUAGUUGUCUAGUUGACUAAGGUUUUGUGGACGGGUUCGUUAUUCUUCUAGCUACUAAGUAAACAUGCCAUCUUCUAUGACCUGACGUCAACAAGAAUAGUCACGGGACGUGUGUGGAACACACGUUAUAGAACAUAUUCAACAUUUCAAGUUUGCCCAAAGAAAUUACGUAAGAAUUUAAUUCGCAAGUUGGGUCUUAGUUACAGCAAAAAGAUAUAUUUCUAAUGUUAUUUUAUGAGUUGUCAUUUGAAACAUGUCAACUAGAAGAUAACGUGCAAGACAUUCGUGCAUGUCUAAUGUGAAGAACUCCGUUUUAUAUGGUGAAAUGACAUUAUUUUAUCUGUUAGAAACAAUAGUCAAUUGUGCUUUCUAAAGAAAUUUUUUUAAUAUUCAAUUUAACCGCCAGCAGAGAUCAAAAAGAUAGUGGAGGCCCUGCAAUGUCCUCCUCGGCCUCCUCUGUUUUUCAAACCUAAUUAAGAAUCAGAGGAAUAAUGCAAAUAGGUUUUAUCUAAAUCAUAUUAGACAUUUCUCCAUGGACUAUUUCAAUGCCUCUGGAUGAUCUAUAAAAGGCCUGAGAAUGUCUCCUUCAUCUUCAUCUCCAAGCUCGAUCUCAGCUUUCUUGGCUAGCACUCAACAAAUCAAACGAGCUAAGAAAGGACAUAGAGAUGGCGAGCAAGAACCUUCUGGCCCUUGUGGUUCUUCUUAGCGUCCUUGGAGUUUCUGUUGCCUAUCCAAAGUUGAUCCCUACCCUCGACUACUACCAGUCUAAGUGUCCCGACGCAGAGCGCAUUGUUCGUCGUGUCACAGAACAAUAUGUUUCUCGGAAGCCAAGCCUUGCCGCUUCGCUUCUAAGGAUGCAUUUUCAUGAUUGUUUCGUCAGAGGAUGUGAUGGUUCCGUUCUUCUGAAAACUCCAAAGAAUGAUGCGGAAAGAAACGCUAUCCCCAACCUGACCCUGAGAGGCUUUGAAGUGGUGGAUGCGGCCAAGACAGCGCUCGAGAAGAAGUGUCCCAAUCUCGUUUCUUGCGCUGAUGUUCUUGCCUUGGUCGCCAGAGAUGCCGUCGCAGUGAUCAAGGGACCAUGGUGGCCGGUUCCAUUGGGCCGCAGGGAUGGACGCAUCUCAAAAUUGACAGAUGCAUUGCAAAAUUUACCAUCUCCUUUCGCCGACAUAAAGACGCUGAAGAAGAACUUUGCGGACAAGGGUCUUAACGCUAAAGACCUUGUCGUUCUCUCAGGGGGUCACACCAUUGGAAUCUCCAGUUGCGCUCUCGUCAACACACGUAUCUACAACUUCACAGGAAAGGGCGAUUUUGACCCAUCCAUGAACCCUAGCUACGUGAGGGCGUUGAAGAAGAAGUGCAGCCCUACAGAUUUCAAAUCCGUACUGGAAAUGGACCCAGGCAGUGCCAAGAAAUUCGACCCUCACUACUUCACUGCCGUGGCUCAGAAGAAAGGUCUCUUCAUAUCUGACUCUACCCUUCUCGAUGACCUUGAGACCAAACUCUACGUCCAGACCGCUAACGAGGUUACUUUCAAUAAAGAUUUCUCCGAUUCCAUGGUCAAACUUGGUAAAGUCCAAAUUCUUACCGGGAAAAAUGGUGAGAUCAGGAAGAGAUGCGCCUUCCCUAACUGAGUAUCUAUCUAAAAAAAACUGAUGUUUAUUUGAAUGAUUUAAUCCUGCAGUAUGCAAUCCUUUGUUUUUGUACGUUAUUCCGUUUGCUCCAAGUCUGUUUUCAGACAGAGUUUUCAAUUUUCCUUUGUAUGAUGUUGUUCGGAUGUCUCAUAAAAGUCAACAGACUAUAUAUCUUUUGCACUUAA